UGCAAUAAAUUGAAGAUAAAUGAGUAGGAAUCCGAACAAUUAUCAUCGUACCGGUGGCCGUGGCGGUGGCGGUGGCGGUGGCGGUGGAGGCUUCAAACGUUUCGGUGGCACUGGUUCCUAUGGUAAUUACAAUAAAAACUCAAGCCAUAAUGAUGGACACGGUGGGAAUCGUCGCUCUGGCAGCUGGUCUGGCGGGAAUUUCAAUCGUUCAUAUCACAACAGCGUGAACCACGGUAGCAAUAACAACUUAGAAAGCAGCAAUAAUGCACCUCCAUCAAUUAGCCAAGAAAAUGAUCGGUUUCAAAAGUUCCGAGACCGACAUACACUGGAAUCUGGUGGUUACAAUAGCCGGUCGAAAAAUGAGUCGCAACAAGGUGGUCGUAUGGGCAAGCGUGCCCGCAGUGACAGGCGCAGAAGCAAGCAACAUAACGACAACAACGGCAACGAAAGAAAAAGUGGUGGGAAUUGGUAUGAGGAUCAAGCUGGAAAUUCAUCCGUUCCAAGUGAACUAAAUCAAAGUAAGUACCCGUCUGCAACGGCGUCACAAGUGCCUGCUGCUAACUUGACACAAGCGGCAGCGAUUGCACCACCAGCCACAAGCUUGCCGGCUGUGCCACCACAAAUUCAAGAAGAAUUACCCAAAGAAAUGGAUUUAGUUGAAAAGAAACCGAUAAUAAUAAAUAUAAAGCAAGAAAAAAUUGGACAAAAUAAAACUAAUCAAAUCGCUAAGCCACCGGCCUCUUCGGAUUCGUCUGACAGUGAGGAUGUACCGCCUAACAAACCGCUCGAGCCCAAGCAAGAAACACCGGCAAAACCAACAGAGAAAAUUGCAAGACCACCGUCUUCUUCCAGUUCCUCUUCAUCCAGCUCCUCUUCGGAAGAAGAUGAUGACAAAAUUAAAGAGCUUUUAAAGAACACUAAAGCCUUAUCGAUGCCAACUGUGGAAAAACCAACAAAAGUAGCGAAGAAGCAAACGAGGAAAAGGCGGCCUUCUGAAGAAGACCUAAUUUGUCUGGGAAAGCUGGAGAAAAAGUUUGUCAUUGAAGAUGAUGCUUCAGAAGAGGCCGAUGAAGCAGUGGAUGACAAGAGCUCUACGACUACGAAUCAAUGCUUGAUAUGCGACGAACAUGGACAUACUGCUUUUGAAUGUCAGAUGAUUUGCAAAAACUGUUCAGCGCCUUACCACAACAUGAAGAGUUGUCCGAAGCCAGUAAACCUAUCAAUUAUGAUGCAAUCUUUUAUGGAAUUCUGCAUGGGACAAAUGAGUCAGUUCAAUCCGGAACAAAAGUUCGUAUUGCCAAUGAAUACUAAUGUAUAUAAAAAUUAUUCAGCGAAAGAAAAUAUAAAAAUGGCAAAUGAAGUACGAGGCAAAAAGGUUAGAAAGGUACGUGCAAAAUCAAAAGAACCACCAAAGAAAUUGGCGAAACGAAAUCGCAAGCGUACCACCAAAUCCAGUGAUGAUGAAGAAGAUGAUGAGGAGGAGGAGGAAGAAGGGAAAAAAGAAUCAGAAGGGCAAACCUCUGAAUCGGAAUUAGAGAGUGACUCAAGCGAGGAAGUAGCUGCACCUGUUUUAGUAGACUCUACCGAAUUCCGCAAUUCGUUUGUGCCACCAUUUUCAUCUUUCCCUGCUUUCGGGGCAGCGGCAGCAGCUUAUAACCCGUUACUGUUAGGCCAACUCAUGCAAAGCGGAGGCUUUGGAACACCCAAAAAAACUCAAUUUUUAUAGCAAGUAAUAGAUUUGGUGGAUUGGCAUCACCUCUAUCGACAAUUUCCAAACUGCAGGCCCCGAGCAACGUGCACCACCUAGAAAUCAUACUCAUCAUAUGUAUAUUUCAAAAAAAGUAAAGGUUUGCAUAGAAUAAUGUUCGUAAAUGCAUUACUGCAAUAAAUAGUCUCUUUCGUUUAUAAACUAUAAUUGCUGAAAACGUCCAUCAUGUGUAAACACGGUUAAAUGCCGAAUUAAAGAGUGAAAUAAUUAAAGUAAUUAAAGAGUUUAA